CGACAGAAAAACACAACCAGGACUUCAAACAAUUGAAAGCAGAGAAGAAAGUACUUGAAAAGGAAUUGAAGAAAGCACAGGAAAAGAUUGAAAACUGCCCUACUGGAAAUAAGAAGAAAGUGGUGAAGCACGUGGAGACCCAGAGCGAGAGAGAGUGGCCCAUAACAGACCUUGACAAAGAAAAAAUCAAACUGCUGCUGGAGGAGCUUUGGCUGUGUAUCGACAGUUCCACGGGGAAAGGCCCCAUCAGCAGAAGGGAGGGCUCUUUAGCCGGUGUUCACAAUCAUCCAGGACCCCGUGGGAAAACAAAAGCGGUGCAGAACCCUCCAAAACCCAAGAGAGCUCGAGGAAAGUGGCCUUCUCGUUGUUCUUCACCAGAAACCUGUACAACGCAAACUUCUUUGACGUCCUUGCAGAUAAAGUUGGACAGCAGGCCUGCCGGGCAUGUUGGCCAGAUGGGAAAUGAGGCCAUGGAAACGUCCGAGGCCCGCACCAACGAUGGCGCGGCUUCCCGAGGCCAGUCUCCAGGUCUCGACAUACGGACAGAGCCAUCAGCAAGCAGCCUCAGUCUUCUCAGCAAGGAGCCAGAAGAAGCUGGUGAAGAUCUGGCAGAGAUUUUGAAGUGGGUUAGGCCCCUUCCUCGCCUCCUGUCUCCCAUACAGUUUUCACCUGCCACUAUCCCAGGCAUGUUAUUUGGAGAACUAACAGAUUCCAGUGAUGAAGAAAUGGACCAGGAGGCUCAAAAAGUUGAAGACAUUUUAGAAAACCAUGAUCAGAGUGCACCAGAUGCUUACACGGCGUCCAGAAAGAACCCAGCAGAACCACUGAGCGAAUAUGACCCUGCUGUUGUAAAUAAUGAACGCAGUGAUCCUUGUGAGUUACCUGGAAGACCAGCAGUCUUAGAGCAUAACAAGUCAGUGCUACGUUCUGACCCUCUGGCAAAAUCAGGACUGCUUAGUAGGACAGGUGCCAAAUUUAAGGGUGGAGAGAAGCAUCUAGAAGGAAACUGUGAGUUUAUGGAAAGGAACCCAGAAAUAGCAUUUCACAGCACAGAAAACGUUGCCAAAAGUACGGCCGCUGUGACAAAAACAGAAAACAAGACUUCUGCGUGUGACUUGAUGUCUGUUGAGUGCCUUCAGGAACAAGAGAAAAUAGUUGAACCAAGACCUUUGCAGGAAGUGGCUACAAGUCGCUUUGAACGAGCGCUAAAUGAGUCUAGUGACGUAAUAAAAGAAGAGAAGAAGGGAGACCUCACGGGAACAGUAGAAGCAUCCGUGUCUCCUCUUAUAGAAGGCGAUCAGCCUGCAACUCAAAACGGUAGCAACCCACAGGAAACUGAAGAGCCUGCCUUAGCUACUGAAAACGCCCUGGUAGCUCCUGACAGAGAUGGCCCCAGUAAUGUGUUCAGAGUGGCAGUGACGAAAGAGGGCUCCGAGGACAUCCAAGUGGAAUCUGAUUUGGGAAGAGCAGGACCUCUUUCCGAACAUACAGCCUCUGAGCAAAACAGCGCAGAAGAGCCGUGUGCGUGGCGUAAUGGUGAACCAGAGUCCACAGACAGAGGAACAAAUCUUGGCAGUUUUAGAUGUCAUUCUGAAACAGAUGGUCACAUCGAUCGGGUCCAGCACGAGCAUGCUGAUGCUGCGCUCAUGCCGGCCGUGGGAAAAGAUGUUUGUGCCUCUGGCGUAUCCAUCAAGAGGCACUGGGCAGAAGAAAAUGGCAGCAACAUAGAUGGAUGUUGCAAAGGUAGCGAGCAUGGCACAAAUGAAAAGGCUGAACUGAGCAGUGCUGAUGCUUUGAGACCAAAGCGUAAUAAUACACAGGCAGCCAAUGGAUGGGAGAAUUCACUGUGUGGCUCCAGUGAAAUGGUUCAGACCAGGAAUGAAUGCAGCACUGCACCUUCUGCUUCUAAAAACGAAGAGGGCGAUCAGCUAAAAACGGAAGUUGAAAGUAUUGUAAGCAAAGAUGGAAUGGCCGGACGCAUCUUAGAGGAAGCGCCAUCACUGGUCCUAACAAAAGGUUGCCUCCAUCUGGAAGACCACCUUGACAGAAAAGAUUCUAGUCGAUCGUUACAAGAGGAGUCAGGCAAUAUGACUGUUCCUGUGUUACCAACCCAAGUGUCUGUCGCCAAAGAUGGUUUGUCGCAACCUGAGGAACCUGUGCGAACGAACCAGGCAGCCCCUGAAUUGGAGUACGUCACGAGAAAUGCGCCAGAACUGGAGCCGUUUGACAAUCCAUAUGAUAAGUUGGAGUCUAUGCCUGUAAAACAUAACAUUUCAAAUAGCAUUCAGUCAUUUGGGGUUACAACGAAGGAUAAAUGUUUGACAUCAGAAAGACUUGGGGAGGGUGGUGGUGAACCUUUGGAAAUCGCCACGGUGGGAACUACAGGGCUGUGUACAGCAGUGGAAUGUGAAAAGGGAACCUCUUCAGGGAUUGUGCUUGAGCGACCUGUGCAGUCCUGUUUGAUAACUGGAAGUUCACCAACUGCUGCACCAUCUCAAGAGAUGACGAUACCGAAUGACAAGUGCAUCUCACCUAAGCCAAGGAAGAGCUCUGCGGAAGACACGGAGAUGAUUGAGUGCUGUGUAACAAAUGAGGCUAUACUGGAAGUGGAUCCUGAUGGAGGUUCAGCCCAGUUGAUGCAAGACGCGUCACAGGCAGAAAAUGCAGCUCCCCAAGCAGUCAGCCCCGUCGUGCUUGCCGUUAGUUUAGAGCCUUCUACAGCAUUGUCUUUUGGCGGAAAGGGCCCAGGUCGUGAUGUGACUGCAAAUGGACAAACUUCUGACCCUUCAUUUAUGGCUCCUUCGACCAGAGCUGAUCACACCGAUCACUGUAAUGACAGAGAACGCUUAAUGGGUAAAGAAGCGGAUGGGGAACAUUCCGCAGAAAGCCGUCACAAUGAUCCAGGUGAGGUAGAAGUCAAAAGAGCUGGGGAACGGUCAGCCAGCUGUGAAACCCGGGCACUGGUUGACGUCAAAGGAUGUUGUGAGGAAAUAAAUAGUAGAGAACUUCUUGAAGCACCCUCUCCAAACAGUGCUAGCGCAGUGCACACUCCUUCAGUCAACUCAGACCUUGUAAGCAAUGACAGGGGGCUUAUUACUACUUCCAGUGAGGUACUAGGGAGUCCCUCGGAAAACUGUACUUUAGGACAGCCUCUUAAUGAAGCCGUGUCUGAAGAAACUGAUAAAACAUUGAGCAGGGAGGCGAGUUCCAGAGAGGCUGACGGGGCUAAGACCCCAGACGAUGCUGUCACGGUGCUGGACGUCUCUGCCUCCAGUUCGUCAGAAGAAGACUAUCCUCUCAGAAAAGUGAAUCCCACGAAGAAGCAUUCAAGGCUCCUGGCAUCCAACGAGGAAGUGGGUACUGUCCAGAAUGACCAGGCAGAUGUACCAGACAACGUGAUCGUUUCUUCCGGCGUGCACGAGCUGUUGCGUCUUGCAGAGGAUGCCUCUCCGAAGGAUGAGCAGGCACACAGCGGUGACUCCUGGGCUGAAGAGGCCCCCGCAGAGAUCGCGGAGCACUCAUAUGCAGCACCGUGGAGCCGUGAAAAGGGCUCCUCGGCACUGGAAGCCUCUGUACCGGACGAGAAGGAAGCGGGUAGAAGUGUUGCUCUGACAAACAGGGCAGAGGCGGAUCACAGGCAACCUGCCUCCGGGAAAUUGUCUGCCAGUGAUCUGGAGGCGAACGGUGGCAUACUUUCGUCUGAGACGGAGCCCAGCAAUACCAGUACGGAGCCCUCCGCGGCAGGCUCAACUUUGAGCGCCAAGCAAGAGAGGGCCUCUGCUGCUUCGGGGCGGAGCUCAAAGACAGCACAACACCAUUUAACAUCCCACCAUCUUGAUGGCGGCACCGGCACGCCCCUUAAGAAAGAAUACCGCACUAAAAAGGAUGCGGAAGCUCUUGCUGCUGUGACCAGCGAGGAUUCCGUACCAGUGGAUUCAGAAAAUCCUGGCACUGAAAAGCAGGAAGUCACUGAAAAGCAGGAAGUCACUGAAAAGCAGGAAGUCACUGAAAAGCAGGAAGUCACUGAAAAUCAGGAAGUCACUGAAAAGCAGGAAGUCACUGAAAAGCAGGUAGUCACUGAAAAGCAGGAAGUCACAUCUCAAAACUCAGAGUUGCUCGUCGAACCUCCCGAACAAGAUGGAGCCGAGCAAGUACACAAACCGGCAGAGUUCAUGAACGUUUCGGCAAAGGCGGGAGCGGGAGGUGGCUGUGUCAAGCUCCUCCCGAGAAUACCCAGCCGCGCAGGGAGGAGGAGAAGUCGGCAGGACUCGCUGGCUGAGACUGUUGUAGCCAACGCAGACACCUCCACACCCGUGAAGCACUUUCCAAAGACCCUCAGGAAAAUUAGGCAAGAGAUGGGGGCCCCCUUGCCCCCCUUGCUCCCGCCUUUGAUAGCUACACCUCCAAGAAGUGCUCAGCCCGUUUCCCCGAUAACGUCCUCCUCGAGCCAGAUUUCUUUGCCGUCCCCUCUGAAUGAACCAAUCUCUCCUCUGUGUGAAACUCCCCUCCCUCCUCUGAUGUCGCCCCUGUCGGAUAAACUGAAACAAAAGCGGCCUGCUGCUCUGCACGCCACUCCGUCGCCCUCUGAGGUGUUGGUUGGUGAGAGGACUUUGUCUUCCCCUCUUCAGUUCUGUGCCGCCACUCCGAAACACGCCCUUCCGGUCCCGGGCCGGUUUCCCCCUUCCGCAGCCGGCAGUGCCGCUCAAGCCGUGCCCCAGGGAAACUCGGUGAAGAUUUUGGACAGUAUGUAUCCCAAGCUGUCUGCCCGAGCCCUAACGCUCAACAUCCUCAAAGGUAACAUUCAGCUCAGUCGGCCGUCUGCCUUAGAGGGCAAAAAUGUCCCGCUGCCCAUCCACCAGAUCAGCGGCUUUAAGGAAAUUGCUUCUUCCUCCACUGCUUUUGUUAAAACCGGGACCACUUCAUUUUCAGAGCCGCUGUCCUCCAGCGUGGGCAAGGCUGGGAAAAGGAUGCCGGCGUCCUCAGCUAUGCCCAAAAGUGCCAAAAGGCUACGGCUAGAUAGCGAGUUGUCGAAACCAGACCCCGGCGAGGAAGAGCUUUCCGUUGGAGAUGCCGAUCCCGGCGCCCAGGGCCCUGCGGGUGAAACGGUCUGUCUUAGCAAUGGGGAUGCCAUUCUGCCAGUGGGCGAUUCCAGCUGGAUUUCGCCAGCGGAAGAAAUGGAUCCCGAUGACAGAGCUGUGACGGUCGCACUGGAGAACAUGUCCGAGUCCUGUUUCGACCUAUUCCCUGUUAUAUAUAGCCGUGUCCAUGUGGGCGGUACAUUAAGCAUCCCAAUAAUGACAGAUGAAGAGAAAGAAGUUGUGUAUGAAUUUGGCAUUGCAAAGAAGAGCUUAGCUGAGCCAGUCUUGCACGCUAUCCUGAAGAAGCUGAAGCAUCAAAAGGCAUCCUUGGAACCCAGUUACAUUCAGUCUCUGUGCAGGGUGUACGUUGGGAUAUGUCGGCAACUGAGGGACCUGGAAAGAGCACGCCUGUUUUGCUACAGUCUGCUCAAAGAAGGUAUGACUUUCCCCAACCUGCCAAGUUAA